GAAUUAUAUUCAUGCGCCCGUAUGUGAUAUAAACCGAAGUGGAGAAAAGAGGAUUGUUAAAAUUUGCAUCAUUAAAACAAUGAUGGCAUUAAAAAUGUUGCGAGUUUGUAGGGGGUCGAUAUUAUCGGGUUGCAAAACUUGUACCGUAAGGAUAGGGAGAGAAGAGUUGGCUAAUGGGCUAAAAUAUUUUAGCACAAGGAUCAACGAGGGUGAGCCUGAUACGAUUUGUGAAAUAGUCAAAUAUUGGAGUAACCGGUUUGAAAAUGAGGGUAUUUCAGAACCUGUUGAAUCAAUCGAACAUAUUCUCACUCACGUACUCGGCUCAAAAAAGCGUUACAGUUCCAACACCGUGAUUCAGACCAUGGACUUGGCUGAUGCGCCGGAGCAGCGGCUAUCCUUAGACCAAAUAACCAAGCUUCAAUCUCUCUGUCAGUGCAGAAUGUCAAGAAUGCCUGUGCAGUACAUCAUCGGCGAAUGGGAUUUCAGAGAUAUUACGCUGAAACUGGUCCCUCCCGUCUUCAUACCACGACCAGAAACCGAAAUUCUGGUUGACAUUGCACUCAGGAGAAUGGCGGAAGCUAAGAAUAGUCAUUACAUAGUGCUGGAUAUCGGCUGUGGCUCGGGAGCUAUCUCUUUAGCUUUGGUUCACUCGAGCAACCAGAUAGCAACGUCACAGAUUCAGUGCACAUCUGUAGACAAAAGUUUAUACGCUUGCGAAUUGACCAGGCAAAAUGCAGAGAUUUUAGGACUACAGGACAAGUUGAGAAUCGUAAACGCGGCUCUUAGGGAGAAUGGUACAAUAAAAUCACUAAAUGACUCUCAUCCGGGUGUUGAUUUUGACCAGCAACAGUUCGAUAUAAUUAUCAGCAAUCCGCCAUACAUACCGACUGAAAAAUUAAUGGAAUUAGCACCGGAAAUAAAAAUAUAUGAAGAUCUCAGGGCUUUAGAUGGAGGCAAGGAUGGUUUAAGCUUGAUAAAAGCAGUCCUGAGAUAUGCGUCAAUAGCAUUGAUUCCCAGAGGUUUGCUGUUCAUGGAAGUCGAUCCUACGCAUCCGGAAUACAUUGAAUUCUUCACCAAAAAAUAUACAGAUUUAAAACUAAAGUUCGAACACACGUACAAAGAUUACUGCAACAAUGAUAGGUUUGUUGAAUUAUCAAAAUUAGAUUGAUAAAUUAGGAAAAAUCACUUCAAAUUUACUUUUCCGUUACGCUAAAUUUAUUUUUCAUUCACUUCGAGAAUUUACUUAUUUUUUACAUCGUUAUCAAAGUUGUUAUCCAUUCAAUAACUACACAUUUUAUUAUUAUCUUUCAUUCUUUCCAUCUGUCUGUAUUAUCAAUAAAACACGUUCUUUGAA